AUGGGACUUUGUUUGAGCUGGGUUGCCAUGUUCAUGGCAGUAUGGCUAGUCAUGUUUGGAGAAACAUCAACGGCUUUGACAACGUUUGGAAAGACUAAUCCCAACACUCAAAAUCAACCGCCACCACCGCCUCCGCCAGUGAAAGCACGUGAUUGCCGGUCAGGAGCUGAUUGUGCAGGCAUAGAAGGCACCAGCUGCGUACGUGACCGCGGAGAUGACAAGACAAAAUGCCUAUGUGGAGACAACACAGCCCCUGUCAACGGCGCCUGCUCAUCUAAAUUAAAAGGUUUACGACACGCCUGCAGUGAUAAUUCGGAAUGCAUGGAAGAUAUGAUUUGUUCGACAAAAAAUACAUCUUCACCUUCUAGUAACACUUUCGGUUCUAGCAGAAAUGAUAACUCUGGAGGCGGAAAAAUGUGCAUGUGUAAUGAAGCUGAAGGUUACAUGGAAUUAGAUCACGAAUGCAGCGGAUCAAUAAGAAUUAGUGCUCAAAUGAUGGCAAUUCUAACUAUAAUUUCAAGCUCCCAUUUUAUACUGCAGCAGCUGCAAUACUGA